AUAAAUAUUCUUUUAACCCGUGCUCUUGACUCUCUUGACCACCGCUGCCGUUGACAAUACCAUUUUGCGGAUCUGAGCUCAUGCAUAGCGAUUCUUGCCUGUCUGAGCACAAGCAGAGAUAUCGCAAUACGCCAAAAAGUAUGGCUUCCGAACUUAUAAUGCGUACUGCAUAAGAGCCACCAUUUCGGAGGCCUUGCGAGACCGGCCCAUGUGGCGUUUUUUUUGCACGUAGCUUAGGGAUCCCUUAGAUCCGUUUGUCCUGUUUAACAGGUUUAACCUGUUUAACUAACUCGAAAAAGCCAUUGCGCAACGCAUAAUUUACAUUUGAAGGAGCGUUCACUUAAAUAUCGUCGACAGCCUCCUUCCACUUCAUCUCCUUGAUUGAAACGAAACCAACUGCGCGAACGCUAGCGCGGUAAUCACAAUAGCUGAGAGUUCCGUGGGCCACAACACAUCAUUUAUAUGCACAACAGUCGCAUAUAAAAACCGGAGCACGCAGCUGGCGUUAAAGCGCUACGUUUUCUCUUCGGAGCCACGUAAAAUUCUGUCCACUUGGGAAGAAUGACUCCCCAUUGCCACGUUCGUAAAGUUGUCUACCCACGAAUAUUUUUAUUUGGGGACUCACUGACGCAGCGUUCCUUCUCUGAAGAAGGUUGCUGGGGGUCUCUUGUGGCCGAAGCGUUUGAAAGGCGGUGCGAUGUUGUGGUGCGCGGUUUCUCUGGCUACAACACACGCAUGUGCAAGUAUGUCCUACCCAGGAUUUUUGGUCCAGAGGAUGCAGGAAGUGUGGCCGCAUUUGUCAUAUUCCUUGGCUCAAAUGACUGUAGCGAACCUUCAGACCCUGGGAAGCACAAUGUGCCUUUGAAGGAGUACGUCUCUAACCUGGAAGAAAUGCUGCACCAUCUCAAGGUUUGUGGUGUACCCAUGAACAAAAUCAUCCUCGUGACGCCUCCUCCAUACUGCGAUGAAAAGUGGGUGGCUUGGUGCAAGGAAACCGGCAGGGAUCUUGCAAGGCGCAACCUAGAGACCAUCUCCGGAUAUGUGGACGCAGUUUCCAAACUCGGUGAGGAGCAGCACAUUGCCGUCAUCAACAUCUUUGUCGCGUUCCAACAGGAAGAGAACUGGCAGAGGUUGCUACUAGAUGGCCUGCACCUGUCAAAGCCUGGCUCACAGAAGCUUGCAAAAUGUUUGAUGCCUUUUCUUGACCAGGCUGUUGGUCCUGUUCCUGCAAUAUUUCCUGAUUGGAAAUGCAUUGACCUUGCAGAUCCUGAAAGUAGCAUAGCUUCCUGGGUUCCAGACAGAUGAAUCCUGUGGUUUACAUUUAUAUUAGGCGACCGAACAUCAGAUUCUGCACAACAUCUUGAUGUGUUUUUUUUUUAAAUAUUAUUGCUUGCAUUAAAAUGUUACUUGUUUACCUCA